AUGGAGGCACAUGCGCAAUUGGCCGCGCGGGAAGGCGGGAAGGCCCGAGGCAGCGGCCUCGAGAGUUCUACGUGCUCAACCCUCAGCCUGGACUCCAGCCCUGCUGCUUCGUCUCCGGGGCCUGAGGAGCGACCCCAGCCACCCACCCCACGGGGUGCCCCAUUAGCCAAGAAGCUUUUAGGGACUGUCAUGUCUGAACAGGACCUCAAAAAUAAGGAACAGGAUCAGCAUCAGGAUCAAGCGGGACCUUCUAUUUUCUCUGAAUUGGAAAGAAAUAGCUCACCCAAUGAUGUGCAGGGAAGAUUUUCUAGCCCCUCACUGUCAGUCUCCAAUGCAGACAGCCACACAGAAACCUUGGAUGGGAAGACAUCAAGUUUCUUUGUAGCUCUGGAUGCCAGCAUCGAAACUUUACAAAAAAGGGCCCAGCAGCUGAUUGACAGCAUCAAUGAAAGCAGGCAGAAGGACCACACGCUCAUGAGCAACUUCAGAGACAGCCUCAAGAUGAAGGUGUCAGAUUUGGUUGAGAAGUUGGAAGAAAGGAUGUAUCAGAUUUAUGAUCACCAUAACAAGCUCAUUCAAGAGAAGCUGCAAGAGUUCUCAGAAAAGAUGGAGAAGAUCAAUAAUUUAGAAACUGAGCUCAAACAAGUCUGCCACACUGUGGAAACUGUAUACAAAGAUUUGUGUGUGCAGCCUGAAAUAUGA